AUGUUAGUAUUUGAAUUUACUAGCUAACCAUCAAAAAUAAUUCAUUUUGGUUCACAAUUUCUAAAUGAAUUAAUGAUACUAAAAUGCAGCUUAUUAAUCUAUUCAGAAAAUAAAACUGAAAGAAAUUCUUUUGAAAGUUUCCUUGUAUAUAUUAUUAGGCCUUACACAUAUUUUAUUAAAUCAGAUUUAAAGAGUGCUUAUACAUUUUUUAUUUUUAUGCUGAUCUAAAUAAUGAUAAUAUAUUGGUGUUAUAUAAUCUAUUAUAGAGAGAAUAAAAAGAAGAAAUCAUUCAUAAAUGUAAUUAAAAAAUAUGAGUCACAUUCAACUUUGAAUUUCUUUUUAAUUUCUUUAUGGAAAACAUUAUUUAUACUUGUUACAGAAUUCUUGGGUUUAAUAAUAUUGGAAGGAUGUUUUGAACUCUUAUUAGAUGAGAUUUAAGAUAAUCUAUUUUGUAUUAUUUGUUCCAUUAUUGUCAUCUUAGAAAUCAUUGUGAUUAAUAUUUUCUAAGAAUUAUUUUGGAAUUAAAGUUUACAUUAUAUACCAAAACAAUUAAAUAAAAUAAUUUAACAAUCAUAACUAAUCUUGUAUGCAAAAAUAUUUAAAAUUAUAACUAUUUGUAUGUUUGUUAGUUAAAUAAAAUAUAGAUCCUAAUUUGUAUUAGGAAUAUCAAUUUUUAUUGCCCUCUUUGAAUUAUAUAUACAAUUAAUUUUAAAAAUAAGACUCGAAAGAAUAAUCAUAAAAUUAAAUGUAUUUAUGUAAAGUUUAAUACUUUUUGUUUCAAUUUAAUAACUUUAUGUAAUAUUUUGUAAUACUACAUUAUCUUUUUUAUGGAUUCUACUCUCAAUAUUAUUUUUUAAAGUUAUUUGUCAGAAUUAUCUAAGUGAAUCUAUUUUAUAACGAAAGAUUUUUUAACCAAAUUAAAAUUAAAUUGAAUAAUUAUCAUUUAAAGCAAAAUAGACGAUUUAUUUAUAUCAAAUCUUAAGUUAAGAAAGAAAUUCUGAAUAUAGAUUAAUUAAUAAAGUUUUAAUAUAAAAACAUUAGUAGGUUUGUUCCAAUCAAUCUUGUUUUUGUAGAAACGAAGAAAUGAUUAUGAUUAAAUUAAGUCAUUUACUACUUAAAGAAUAGAUUCAAGAAUAUAAAUUAGUGAUUUAAUAAUCAAAAUAAAAAUCAUCAGCUUUAUUCUUAGAGUAUAUUCAAUUGCUUGUACAAAAUAAUAAAUACUUUGAAGCAUUAAAUAUAACAUAAAAAUUAAUUAAUUAAUUUAAAAGAAAAUCAAAACAUACAUAGAAUUAUUUAAUUAAAGGUUAAGUCUCUUUAUAACAUGAGUUAUUAUUUAAAGUACUCUAAUAACAAAUUUUAAUGGCAAUUUAAAGUUCCAUUUAAAAUAAUUCUUUAAAUUCAGCUAAAACAUUAGGUUUUCGUUAAGCAAUUAAAUCUUAUUAAUAAAAAAAAGAUUCUGAAAAGAUAAUUUAGAAUUAAUUGGAUAAAAUAUUGAAAGAAAAAAUAGAAUUUUUAGAAGAAUUAUCAAAUUCACACUCUUUACAUGCUAAAACAAUAAAUAAUAAAGCAUUCAAAAUAAUAAAUCACAUAGAUUAGUUUAAAUAACAAUUAAUUCUCAAUUUUAAAAAAAUACCAAGUAAUUUUUUUAUUUUUAAAUUUUAGCUAAUAGUAAUAAAGGCUUGUUAUUAUUUUUUCAAAUUGAGAUUUUGAAUGAUCUUAUAAAUUCGUAAACUAUUAAUACAGCAAGCACAUUGUCAGAAAAUUAAGAAGAAAUGCUUUUUGUAAAUAAUAUUUAUUAAUAACUUACAAAUCAAUUUAAUUAUGCAAAAUUUAUUAUUAGAGAGGAAGGUAAUAUUGAAUUAGCUUUAAAUAAUACAUCAAGUCAAUUAAAUAUUGGAAAGAUUAAUUAUAGUACUUUUAAUGAAAUGGUUCCAUUAUCAUUAAUAUUACAUCAUAAAUAGUUUAUGAAAGAAUUCAUUACUACAGGAUAGAAUAAGUUUUAUUUAAACAUUCAUUAAUCUUUUUUAUAAAUAUAAACAGGUAUAAUACUUCCAAUAGAAUUGUGUAUGGAUAUUUAGUUUGAUUAAAAGAUGAAUUAAUUGAUUGCAAUAACAUUUCUUAAGGAAGCCAGUUAUAUUAAUUAAUUUCAUUACAUAAUAAUAGAUAAUUAGUUUAUGAUAAAAGAAAUCUCAUAAAUUUUGUAUUAUGAAAUUUUGGAUUAUUCAACAUAUUGUAAAAUGUAAUUAUAUAAUUCAUCAAUAUUUUCUCUAAUACCAGAAUUGAAAGAUAUUGAUUUAUCAUAAGAUCGAACCUUAAGAUCAUGUUAAUUGUUUUUUCCAUCAAAUAUUAAUAAAUAAACAUCUAGUAGUUUGAAAAGUCAAAAUAAAUCUUAAGAAUAUUAUAAAGGAGACAUAACUAUAAAUCCUAGAAUAAUAAAUAAUAAAAUUUUAUAUUACUUAAUUGAAAUAAGUGAUUUUAAAUCAGAAAGAAAAGAUAUGAUUGAAAUAAUGUCUUUAUAAUAAGAUGAUUUAGAUGAAAAGGAGAUUAUUAACAUUCCAUUAGAAAUCAAUAAUUUAUUUGAAUAAACUAUUCCAUUGUAAAUUUGGUAACAACCAAUCAAUUCUAAUUUAGAAUCUGAAAGAUAACCAUUAUUUGUAAAUAUAGAUGUUUCAGAGUCUCAAUUAUAAAAGAAAAAUGAUUAAGUUAACAUAAAUAUAAUUUAGAAUAAAGCAGGAAAAUCUUCAACUUCAGAAAUAAAUUAAAAAUCUGAAAAACAUUAAGAAAUAUUAGAUGAUGUUCACUCUUAAAUUUCUUCAGUAGCUGCUAUUAGAAAAUCAGUUUAUUUUAAAUAAUUUUAAUUAAUAAAUGAAUUAAUUUACUCCAAAAUAUUUCCACCUAAUAUUAAGACAUUUAAUAUUAUAUUUAUUAUUUACAUUAUUAUAGGAAUAAUAAAUUUUAGUCUUCUUAUUGAUUAAGUAGCAAAUUUAAAGAAAUAUCAAGAAUUAAUGGUUUUAUUAAAAAUUAAAUAUGAUAUAUAUGAACCUAUAGAAUCAUUUUUAAAUACAAGAUAUACUAUUGUUGGAUUAAAUGCAGCAUUAUCAAAUAAGAUUAUAGCUUAAAAUGAAUAUGAUCAAUUAAUAAAAUUUCCAAGAUCAAAUUUAGCAAAAGGAUAUGAUGAUCUUAAAGUUAACAUAAUGGAUGUAAUUUAGAAAAGAGAAUUUUAAUCAUUUUUAAAAGAUAAAUACUUUGAUGCAUUUUUGUACAUUUCAACUAACAAAGGAAAUUUAAAAAACAUAACUUUUAGAAGUGGAAUUUUGGCUAUGCUAAAUUAUCAAUAUGAAUAUAAAUUAGCCUAUACUAUAAGACCUUUAGUAAUAGAUAGUGCUUACUCAUAUUAUUCAUAUAAAAAUUACAUUCCUAUUUUUACUAUGUUUACAUAGUUUAAUUAAGAUGUUUUAAAUUUACUCUAUUUUUUGAUAUCAAAUUAAUAAUAAGACUUAAAAUUGUUAAAUAUUCUUUUUAAUGUAUUAUUAGCAUUUAUAUCUAUUGGAAAUUUAAUAUUUCUAAUUAAACAGCGUAAAUUGAAAAAUAAAUUUUUAAGCUUGCUUUGUUAAUAAGAUAAAGAUGUAAUGAUUUAAGAAAGUCAUCGAUUAUAAUUAUUAUUAUCUUAAAUCAAUAUAAAUUAUAAUUAAAUAUACUAAUAUUCUUUAGAUAUUUAAACUUUUGAUGAUAAAUUAAAAACUCAUGAAAAAGAUUAUUACAAUUCAAUCAAUAAAAAAGGAAAAAAAGUUAAUAAUUAAAGAAGAAAUAAGCAAUUAAAACUAAUUAACUUUCUCUAAAUUGGUAUUGCAUUAGCAAAUUUUUGUUUUUUAUUACUAAUCAAUAUCAUAACAAUAGAUUCUAUUGAUAAAUAUUUACAUAAACAAUAGAAAACUGGUCUAAUUUAUUCAUCACUUUCUAACACAGGAGUUGAUGUUCUAAUAAUAUAUGCUUAAAGGGAAGUUUUAUAUAGGAUUGCAGCUUUUUCAUUUUUAUCAACUCAAGAUAUUUAAGACAUUUAUGAUUAGAUUGAUACAAGUCUAAAUUAAAUUAGUAAUUUUACAUAAUAAUUUAUUUAAAUAAACUCAAAUGAUUAUUUAUUGGAUGAAAAUUCUAUCAAAUUAUUUCAUGAUGCAAGCACUUAAUCUAUAUGUGAUUUCUUGCAUGAAGUAUUUUAUUAUUUUAUCAUUUAUAGAAAUCUGCUAAUUUUUCAAGAUCAUUAUGUCCUAUUGUAUUAGAUGGAGUAUUGACUAAAGGUUUGAUAGCAACUUUAAAUUUGAUGUAAACUUCGAUAUUUGCUGAAAAAUAAGUAAACAAUUUUACAACAAGAGAAAUAAGUUAAGUACCUAUAAAAGAAUUAGAAGGAGCUACAUUUACAGCUUGGGUUAUUUAAGAGUUAGUGACUGAUUUAGAGCAAAACUUAUAAAAGUAUUCAACUUAAUUAUAAUUAUCGUAUAAUGUAAUUAAUUUAAUCAAUUAUCUUAGUUUAUUUAUGCAUUUGGUAUUGUAUUUUAAUUAAUUUUUGCUGCUUUUGUAGUGCUAUUUAAUAGUAAGUAUGAAUUCUAAUCAAUAAACAUCCUAAAAAGGGUUGUUUAUAUUUUACCCUAAUCUAUUUUGCUUUUUGAUGACUCGUUUUAGAGGCAAAUAAAAAUUAUAAUGAAAUAGGAAAAAUUACAAUGA